AUUACAGUUCCCAAACAAUGAUAGCCACCAAGGACGCCUCAGGAGAUGAACUGAUUGAAGGAAACUGUGUCUGGAUGCUGAUGUCACUCUUCAUUGAUCAAUUUAACUAGCAUAUCACGCUCGUUAUAACACUUUACGGUGAAGUGGAUAUCAUGUAUAACCAAAGUAAAUAGUUUUUAUACUACUUUGGGUGUUGACCAGUCAUACCCAUUUAAUAGAAUCAUCAUAGAACUUUAAGUCUAUACACCUAUGCUUCAGUGAUGUUAAGAUAGAAACAUUGACCUUCAGAGUAGUACUCCUGUACAAGAAAAAAAGGAGAAGGAGCAGGAGGUUCUGACACUCCAGGCUUCAUCAUCAUCAUCAUGGGAAUCUUGAAUCCCUGUUACCUCAAGAGACGAGCAAGGAAGUGGUGGCCAUAUAUAGUCGUACUGGUAUUUCUCAUUAUUGGAUAUUAUAAAGGACUGUUCAGCCAGCUCUCAAGUUAUUCAUCAGACUCAUAUGAAGAGGAGCCAAGAGCUAUUUUGAAAGAGGUGUUUUCCUUAAAGAGACAAGUUAAGUUAAUGAGAUCUGUAAUCAAACGCUACUCUAUACCAGAGACAGAAUAUUCGGAUGUUCUGUUGCCAACUAUAUAUGUUAUCAGCCCAACGUAUGCACGACCUCACCAGAAAGCUGAGCUAACAAGGUUAAAAAACGUGUUCCUCCAUAUUCCUGCAUUACAUUGGAUUUUGGUUGAGGAUGCAUCUCACAAGUCACAAUUGGUGUCAGACUUCUUGAAAUUAUCAGAUAUAACAUUCACACAUUUGCAUCACUCAACUCCUGAUGACUGGAAACUCAAAGACAAGGAUCCAAAUUGGAGAAAACCACGAGGAGUCUUGCAAAGAAAUGCUGGGAUUAAGUGGCUGAGGGAAAAAUUCUUGUAUGACAGUAACCCAAGAGGAGUAGUUUAUUUUGCUGAUGAUGACAACACCUACAGUAUAGAACUAUUUAAGGAGAUGCGCGAGACACAGACAGUGUCAGUAUGGCCUGUGGGUUUAGUUGGUGGUGUCAUGGUGGAGCGUCCGCAGGUGAGCAUCGAUGACCAAACAAAAUCUCAUGUCACUGGUUGGCUCACAGGAUGGAAACCUAACCGGCCAUUUGCAACAGACAUGGCUGGUUUUGCUGUAAAUUUAUCAUUUCUUUUGAAGAAAUCUAAAGCAGAAUUCUCCCUGACUUCUAAAAUUGGUUAUUUAGAAAGUGAUUUCCUGGAAAAGCUGAUAACAAUGGAUCAGCUAGAGCCAAAAGCAAAGCUUUGCACAAAGGUAUAUGUGUGGCAUACAAGAACAGAGAAGCCCAAUAUGAAGGAUGAAGAAAGGUUAAGAAAUGCAGGAAAACCCACAGAUGAGGGAAUUGAAGUUUAGAAUGUACCUUAGUUAUUAAAGGAUGUUCAAUUAAGGCCACAUUACAUUUGUAUGUAAAUAUAUUUUUUGAUGCAAAGAAAAAUGUUGAAUACAAUGAACCCUGUAACUUUUAAGACACUGAGGAAAGUUAUGUUGGUCACAAAAGAUCUCUUAUAAUACUGUACAGUAUAUAUACUGUAUAUACUGUACUGUACUAAGUUUUGUCGAUUUAAUAUUGACAAGAAAUACACAAUUUUGAAUUUA